UUCACAUCCUCUACAGUGUUAUUUUUUUCUAGACAAAUUUAUUUUGAUCACGACAGUCAUUAAGUCUACUCACCGCUCCCGCCCCACCCCCAACCUCUAUUUUAAUUAAUCAGAGGUCGAGCUGAUCUCAACCUUUGACCUUUGACUAUACAGGAAGGGAAUUAGUUUCGUAGUUAGUGAAGUCAUAUUUGUCAACACUUUAAUUAUCGAUGACUGUUGUGAAGGGCAUUACAAAGGUAGGUCUUGUUUACAUUCAUGUGUUUCCAGUUUCAGUUGGUACAAGUAGAUAGGAGUAUUUUCAUAUUGGAUGUUGUGAAAUAGAAAAUAAAAUGGAUUUUAAAGAUUAUGUGCUCAACCAUCUACUCAGAAUGUUAAACAGUGUCCGUUCAACCAUGUACUCAGAAUGUUAAACAGUGUCCGCUCAACCAUCUACUCCAUAUGUUAAACAGUCACCGCUCAACCAUCUACUCAAUAUGUUAAACAGUGGCCGCUCAACCAUGUACUCAGAAUGUUAAACUUUGUUUACACAACCAUCUACUCAGAAUGUUAAACAGUAUCCGCUCAACCAUCUAGUAAGAAUGUUAAACAGUGUCAGCUCAACGAUAAACUUUAAAGUUAAACAGUUUCAGCUCAACCAUUUACUCGGUGUCAAGAAUGAUUUCUAAGAAACUUAAUUACACAAAUAGAACUUCUAGACAACGCAAACAUUUUUAGAAAAUUAAAAUGAGACCAAUGACAUCUGAUAAGUAUUUUACACUCAUACAUAAAAAUUUUGAGGGACUGUAACUAUCCAACUGAAACAGAUUGUGUGCCUUUGUUUUAAGUAUCACUUGAAUUAACCAACACAUAAAACGAAAACUGCGUUCUAUAUGAGACCUGUUUUGGAACUGAAAGGGUUGAGCUAUCGGGAAAAAAUAUCUAUGCAAAAAAACUUACAGCAGAAUCUUUAGCCUAUGACCAAUUUAUAACUAGAGUGAUACGGUAAAAAAAAUAACCAAUUGGUGUGAUGGAGAUUAAUGAAAAUAAUGAAAAUGAAAGGGUUAUUGGUGAGAAUGGGUCAACAGAUGGUUGGGCUAUGUUUAAUUCCUCACGGCUUUCUGCAGCUAAUGAUGAGAUUGCCAGAACUCUGCUUCCUGUUAUGCUAUUUCUGGCAUCGCUUGGUUUGAUAGGACUACUUGGAAACAGUUUAGUCUGUUACAUCUUCGCCAGAAAGUUCUCCAGGGGCUCUCAAAACUUUCUUGUCAUUUGCCUGGCCGUCUUUGACCUUCACACCUGCCUCUUGACCUUACCUUACGAGAUUAUUGAUCUCAGAUUCUACGCGUUUUAUGUCUUCGAUUCCGAUUACAUUUGCAAAGUUUUCAAGUUCGUCAACGUCUUCUGCAACUUGGGAUCGAUACUCACCCUGGUAAUUAUUGCUGUGGACAGGUAUCGCAAGGUGUGUAAACCAUUCACCCGACAGCUUCGCCUUGGCCAAAUACAGCUCAUUUUUGUGUCCGUGUUGCUGGUAUCCAUUGGUUACAGCACGCCAUGUUUCUUCUUAUACGGGUAUCGUACUUUCAACUCUUCGUUGGUCAACGGAACCUUGAGUAGGGAGUGCUCCACCCCUGACGGCGUGAGCACCCUGUACCCGACAAUAUACAACGGUUUUCUACUGCUGAACUUCAUAAUCAUCACAACUGCUCUCACAUGCAUGUACCAUGGGAUUCUGAAAGAGGUAAAGCGCAGGAACAGGAGAAGAAGAACUUUAAGCAAUGCGACAAGCCAGAAAGAUACUACUGCUUGCUCAAUCAAUACCGAUGAUGGGAACUCCUCAACUGCUAUUGAAGAGAAGAAGACUAAGUCCACUCUGUCUGAUAAUUUAAACAAUUCUCUAAAUAUCAGCCAGACUAAAGAAGAUCUACAACUAAAUUCUUUUGAUAAAAAUGUUUUGCCGGACUUGGUUGUCGAUAAAGUGCAAACCUGUCAAAAACUAAACGCUUUUCAUGGCCAAUGCACCCACGACGUUACAUCCGUCUGCAAAGACAAUCCUAAUUUUCAGACCAAUGCAAAACAAAGUCGUUCUUUGACUGAUACGGACGUUUUCGGCCUAUUUCCCAUAAGAGUGUCAACGGAAAAAUCCAAUUACGUCAGACGAAACAGCAGCGACCCGUUGGCGGGUAAACGGGUGAACCCUAAAAGAACUACUUCAAUCUCAGAAACAUUCAUUUCAGAAAGCGCGGAUAUAACCUUGGGAGAAGCAUCGUCUGCUGGUCUUGAUAAAAAGCGAUCGCGUCCUUCUAGAAAUCGUCGAAGAGCAAAGAAUCAGACCACGAUGGUUGCAUUUUCAGUGACGAUUGUGUUCAUUAUAAGUUAUCUCCCACAUUUGACCUUGAUGAUUUCAAAACUCGUUAUUUUUGUGGGGUUUGACGAGACUGUCGAAAACGAAGGUUUUAUUCUAUACAAUCUCUUCCUUCGGACUUAUUUUAUUAACAGUAUGUGCAACCCGAUUAUUUAUGGGAUUUUGAACUCACGUUUUCGACUAGAAAUUCGACGAUUGUUUAGAAGUAACUGCUGCUAGAGAACUUAAAACCAGGGUUUGAUUUUGUGUUGUUAUUGUGUAUUACUUAAUUUUCAUUAUUACUAUUUUAGAUGAAGUUAUUUGACAUUUUUCUGUCUCAGCAAACUCUAACAUGCUCAAAUCUGCAGUAAUUUAAGUUUCAACAGGCAUUCCUCGUAUGGUGAUCUGAACAUACAAAAUAAAUAUUAAGUGUAUACAAUUCUAAAUGGCGCUAGUAAGAUCAUAGGUAUUAAACAAACUUCACUUGGACACCUAUUCGAGAAAAAAACAUUGCCAAGAAGGCUACAGCAAUUUUUAGCAAAAAAAAAAAACUACCCUCUUCUUCAUAAUUUAACCAUUUUACCAUUAAAAAGGAUAUACAAGACACCGAAUAAAUCAUUGAACAAGCGGGAACUUACUGUUGUAAACUUUAUAUGUAUUGUUAAAGAGAAACUGGGGUAUGAACGUAUUUUUGUGUCUGCUAUCGUACACAUUGUUUGCUCUAAUUAUGUAUUGUUUUUUGUAAUGCACUGUUGUAAAAACAAAUUUCCUCACGGACAAUAAACAUUAUCGUUAUUAUUAUUAUUAUUAUUAUUAUUAUGUUAGAAAUGAACGAGUAGUCAUUCUCUGGCGCUGCCAGGGUCGAGUUUCGCUAAAGAGAAACAAAAUUCAUCGUAGUUCCUUUUGACAGUUUCCACUGAGGAAUUUUCUGGUGAUGUGGCAGGUCUGCAGCAGUACCGCCCUCUGACAGGCAACGAAGAUGUUCCUAGGAAUGUUAAGGGCCUUGAAGGUGUCUGUGAGGUCAGUUGUUAUUAUCCCCUCGGUUGAUAUAACAAUGGGGUAUAUUGUUAUUUUGGACAAUUUCCAUAGACGCUUAAUCUCCAAGCCUAGGUACCCAUAUUUUCUUUGUUUUUCUAUCUCAGUUUUUCUUAAAUUAUGAGACAGUGGUACGGCGAUAUCGAUAAUGGUAGCGGUUUUUUCUUUUUUAUCGAUGAACAGCAGAUCCGGGCGAUUGAAAUCUACCGUUUUGUCGGUCAGAAUAGGCCUAUCCCAGUACAGCAGAUGUUCAGUAGACUCGAGAACCUCUUGCGGAGAGUAUUUAUAAUAAGGGGGAGUGUCCUUACCGAUCAAUUUGUACGUCAAAGCCAGGUGUUGGUGUAUUAACUUUGCAACUUGGUUAUGGCGACCUAGGUAGGCUGAUUCUGAUAGGGCUGGACAUCCUGCCAUAAUGUGUUCAAUCGACUCGCCCACAUUUCCACAUUUUCGGCAUUUGUCGACAACAUUGAGUUUCAGGAUAUGCUUCUCGUAAUUUUUUGUCCUGAUUACUCUGUCCUGUAUUGCUGUAACAAAGCCUUCUGUUUCAGGGUAGAGAUGACCUGCUUUGAGCCAUGUUAAGGAAGCAGCCUUGUCGAUGUUGUCUCCAUGUAAUGAAGCCGGAAAUUUUCCGUGGAGUGUUUUUUCUUCCCAUUGGCGAAUCUCAUGCCCUACGUCGUCCAAACCGAUAUUGACAUCAGCAUUAUUAUUAUUAUUAUUAUUAUUAUUAUUAUGUUAGAAACGGACGAGUAUUCCUUCUCUGGUGCUGCCAAGGUCGAGUUUGUUUUUUUUAAAGAGAAACAAGAUUAAUCGUAGUCCCUUUAACAGUUUGCACUCAAUAAUUUUCUGGAGAUUUAGCAGGUCUGCAGCAGUACCGCCCUUUGUCAGGCAACGAGGAUAUUCCAAGGAAUGUUAAGGGCCUUGAAGGUAUCUGUGAGGUCAGUUGUUAUUAUCCCUUUUGUUGAUAUAACAAUGGGGUAUAUUGUUAACUUGGAUAACUUAACCAUUAACGCUUUAUCUCUAAGCCUAGGUACCCAUAUUUUCUUUGUUUUUCUAUCUCAGUUUUUCUUAAAUUAUGAGACAGUGGUACGGCGAUGUCAAUAAUGGUAGCGUUUUUUUUUCUUUUUUAUCAACGAACAGCAGAUCAAGAUCAGGGCGAUUAAAAUCUACCGUUUUGUCGGUCAGAAUAGGCUUUUCCAAGUACAGCAGAUGUUCAGUCCACUCAAGAACCUCUUGUGGCGAUUAUUUAUAAUAAAGAGAAGUAUCCUUUGUCAAAGCCAAAUGUUGUUGUAUUUUAUAUUAUUAUUAAAACUGUAACAUACUUUAUCACAAAACAAUGGACUCUAAAUGUUUAUUACCUCUAUAGUCUUAUCGCGUAUAAAAUGUAUACAUUUUAUCUUAUCUUAUAUAAUACAGACGUUACUUCAAAAAAGAAGAUGAUUACGUCCUACGCGUCAUGCAUAUUAACCAAUGACAUAAAUUCUGCCAAGUGACUGGUUUUCCUGGCUAGCUCAGGCAGCCCAUUCCAUGUUCUAAUAGCACUAGGGAAGAAGGAGUAUUUGUACAAAUUUGUCCUAGCAUAUGGGAUGAGGAAUGUGCCUUUAUCUUUGUGUCUUUCAGAGUAUUUUAUUAAAUUUUGUUUUUGUAUUUGAA